AGCCCGUGUUAACUCAUCAUCUGGGUUCCGACUGGGAAGAUUUAAAAAGAGAAAGAAAGAAAGAAAAAAGGACCACACUUGUUAACACCUGAGAGGAUCGAGCGAAGGUAAGACGCAGCGCAGAGAUGAAGCCCCGUCUUCUGGGCGGCGGCAGGACAACCAGGAGACUUUUGUCGGCUUGCCUCAUCUCGGCGUGCCAAGCCCUGCACAGCUGCGGGGGAGUCAAGUGCGUGGAUGGCCACCAGUGCUGCCUGCUGCCCGUCCCCGGGAACGGCAGCUCCGGCUCCGCGGAGAGCUGCUGCAAGCUCCCCAUCCACGUCUUCUUCGACAACGUCGGCUGGUUCACGCGGAAGCUGUCGGGCAUCUUGAUCCUGCUGCUGCUCUUCGCCAUGGGCUACUUCAUCCAGAGGAUCAUCUGCCCGCGGCCCCGCCACCGGAACCAGAACCAGGAGCACGCCGAGGAGCCUUCCCUCUUCCACGGACCCACGUCGGCGUCCCAGGAUCUCCUCCUGGAGCCCUACCCGGAGUGCACCCUGGGGGACUUCGCCUCCCCGAACCUGCCGGCCUACGACGAGGUCAAGUACCUGCCGACGUACGAGGAGAGCAUGCAGGAGAUGCACCGGGACCGGGACCGCUCCGACGAUGACCUGUUGUCCGGAGCGGAACCGGCGGCGACGGCGUCCGGAGAGCAGGGGCUGGAUGUUCUGGGAGUGAGCCCCGCAAGGACAGCUCGGAACUCGGUGUGAAAAGAGAGCAGGAACCGGACAAUGAACUGCCUGAUAGUAUUGCUAAUUUAUUAUUAUAUUAUCAUCAUCAUCAUCAUCAUGAGGGGGGUGAAGGAGGUUUCGCAGAGAUACAAACUCAAGUGCAAUUAUAAUCCUGAUUGUAAAGAAUAAAGGAGGCUGAGAAUGUAAACGUGUUUUGGAAGAUAAAA